AUCCAAUAAGCAAUUAACCUGGUCUGAUUUGAACUCUUAAUUCAAGCAAAGGUCAAACACUGUUUGCCAAGACGUUAAAGGUAAUUAUGUAUUUAUAUCCGUCAACGGCGGCAUUCAACCCUCGAGCUUAUCACUUUAGUUUUUAAGGCCACGAGGAAAGGAUCCAAAAACUCUAGCUGCGUAACGUGUCUAUCUCGCGCCCCCUCCUUAUUAUAUAAAGGGCAUAAGGCCUUUCGGGGUAGUCUUUAAGCUUCGUUCAUCUCUGAGGGAUAGAACCGGCGUAGAGCAGAUAUGGGGCUUUCAUGCAAGGAUGUUAGGGAGGAAGUCAUCCAAGCAUGGUACAUGGAUGAUAGUGACGAGGACCAGAGACUUCCCCAUCACCGAGAUCCUAAGGAGUUUGUGUCAUUGGAUCAACUUGAAAAACUUGGUGUCCUCAGCUGGUAUUUAAAUGCAGAUAAUUAUGAAAAUGAUGAGGAAUUGAAGAAGAUUCGUGAAGACCGUGGAUAUUCCUACAUGGACUUCUGUGAGGUAUGCCCUGAAAAGCUACCAAAUUAUGAGGAGAAGAUUAAGAGCUUCUUUGAAGAACACCUUCACACUGACGAGGAAAUCCGUUACUGCGUGGCAGGAAGUGGUUACUUUGAUGUGAGGGACCAAGAUGACCGCUGGAUCCGCAUAUGGGUAAAGAAAGGGGCUAUGAUUGUCUUACCAGCUGGAAGUUACCACCGCUUCACGUUGGAUAGCAACAAUUACAUUAAGGCAAUGAGGCUCUUUGCGGGAGAACCAGUGUGGACUCCAUAUAAUCGCCCUCAUGAUCAUCUUCCAGCAAGGAAAGAGUAUCUUGAAGCUUUUAUUAAGAAGGAUGCCUCCAACCAAGCUGUUGAUGCUGCUGCUUAAGAUCUCAUUUACAUCCUAUAUCUCAAAAAUUCAGUUUGACCGAGGCUUCAGCCGUGUGCACCACUUAAGAUGACAUAUGGGCAUAUGGCUGUAAUAAAUUUUAGUUCCUGUUGUGUGCUGUGUGAAGGCAACUGUUUCAAUUUCUACACAUGGACUUGUAAAUCCACCCCCUCCCCCCAAGCUGUUGAUGCUACCUGCUUAAGAUCUUAUUUACAUCCUAUGUCUCAGAAAAUCAGUUUGACCGAGGCCUCAGCCUUGUGCACCACUUAAGAUAACAUAUAGCUGUAAUAAAUAUUAGUUCCUGUUG